AGGCUCUUUAGAUUUAGGAAUAUAAAGAAUGUAUGACGAUAACAUUUAUCAUCAUUAUUCCAAUGAAUAUUGAACAAACGGUAUCAACAUAAAAUUUAUUCUUAUUAAUAAAGAAGUGGGAUUGUUUCAAGUUGUUUAGAAAAUAAUCAUAGAUCAUAUCAAGACGAAUCGUGUGUACUAGCUUUAAGAACGGUUGAAAACAAAUAGGAAUAUGCAGUUAUUUGGCAAAGUAAAAGUUUUUCUUCUCAUGGUAUAUGUCAUUGGUUUGACAAGUUCAACAAAGGAACUUGAUCGAUUAAAGUCAAUUGUCAAACAUUUAGAAACUAGACUUAACUUCGAAUUUACACUCAGAGACGAAGAUAUUGCUGAAAUAACAGUGCGACUGAAUGGCAUCGAUAAAGUGUUAAAUGCGACCAUUGGAAAACAACAGCCCAUUCCUUCAUUGGCGACAAAAGCUGGUGAGAUUGAUUUUGAAACAGUGGAUACAUUGAAAGAGGAUUUUACGAGACUUAGGGUAGCCUUCACCGAAGAAAAAUCUGAGUCUGUAAGGUUUCGACGGGAAAUUCCAAAGAUUGAAAACAAUCUGAUAUCCCUCAACAAAGAUGUAAAAAACUAUAACAAAGAUGUUAAAAACUAUUGCAAAGUCGCUAUAAAUAAUACUGAUCAAUUGUUAAUCAGCUUUGAAGCGGUCAAACAUGUAUCAGAAGACGCUAUUAUAACAUCUGAAAAUGACCGGAAAGUGUUGAAAAAUAUUGAUGAAAAGGUUCAGCAAAAUUCCAAGCAAAUUGAAAACAUUGAACUUCUCAUAACUAAUUUAUAUUCGCGUAUGGAAGAUUUUUUAUAUCCUACCACCUGUCGUUCGUUUACAGCAGUCAAUGGAGUAAACAAAUUACGACAAGGUUUUGAAGUUUACUGUGACCAAACAACAGACGGUGGGGGCUGGAUGGUAUUUCAAAGAAGACUGAAUGGUAAAACAGAUUUUUAUCGAAACUGGACUGAGUAUAGAAACGGCUUUGGUGAUCUGAAUGGUGAGUUCUGGCUUGGCAAUAAUCAUUUGAGUCUACUGACAUCAGAUGGAGAACACGAACUUCAAAUAGAGAUUGAAGAUUUUGAGGGAAACAGUGCAUAUGCUAAGUACAGUAAGUUCAAGAUAUAUCCGGAAGAAGACAAUUACAAACUGGAGGUGACUGGAUACAGUGGAACUGCUGGAGAUUCUCUUGAGUAUCAUAAUGGAGCGAUGUUCUCAACGUAUGACAGAGAUCAAGAUGAAUCGUCGUCAAAUUGUGCGGAAAAUUGGCAUGGUGCGUGGUGGUAUAAGAGUUGCCAUCAUUCCAACCUAAACGGAAAGUAUUAUAACCAGCCUGGCAAAAUAGGUAGUAGUGGAAUCACCUGGUUUCAUUGGAAGAAUACACACUACAGUUUGAAAAAAGUAGAAAUGAAAUUCCGUUAAGAUGCUAAAAAAGAUAUAAUCAAAGUUUGUAGUAUUUUGUUAAGUAACCUAAAGAAACUUAUCUUGCGAUAGCUGAUCAAGAAAAAAGACUUUGAACAUGCCUUGUCGAAUCACAAAUAGAAUGACUCACUCCAUAGAUACGUUGCUGAUUGCAAAUGUGACCUGUUAUAUAGUGCCUCAUACAUGAAUAUUUUGUUUCCAAGUCUUCAAACUAUGUGAAGAUCCCGCAGAUUUUUACGCUACAUAUAUAAUCUUUAUUUUCAUUUAAAGUUUUAAUAAGGCAGUUAAAAUGUGACUUUAGAAUUCAUAUUGUAUUGUAAUGAAAUGUCUGCAGGAUUCGUUUUGGCAAAAUGUGUACAAUGUUCUGUAUCGAUAUCAUCCGGAUAAAAUUGAACAUUUUACAUUGUCAGUAAAUGGAAUGGAUUGAACUCACUUAACUAUCCAAACAGUUAAAUUGGAAACUGAAAUAUUCCAAUACAUGAAAUUCAAUUUGACGGUCAGGUCACGUGGUACAUUCAAAAACAAUUUGCAUAACGUUUAUUAAAAACUGUAAAGAAAGAACUAUGAGUAUAUUUAAAAGUGUUGUGGCAAUGUAAAGUCAAUGUUGACCAUUGUUAUCAAUAACAAAACUCUAUCUUACUAGCAUUUUAAUGUAUUAACCGCAUCAUCAAAUGCAAAAUUCUCAUUGAUUUCACUAGAACGUCAAUUUUAAUUUUUUUAGAAUAUUCAAGUAAAAAUAUCUUGACAUUUUGAAAAAUAACUUCAAGAAAGAAGAGUGUAAGAAAUCGUCUCCUAAGUAAUAUAACAAUUGUUUUUUUUUUUUGUUUUUUUUUUCAUUUUUGUCUGCUUAUUGUGUAUGCUGCGCCACUCGUGAAAUAUACCUUUUGGGGCUCACUCGGUGAAAUAUAUUUCGAUCUUACAUAAAACUAAACAAAUUUUCUUUUUAUUAUAUGCAAAGAAACGUUUAAAAAGACAUUUUAACCUAGUACUAAAUGAAAAGGGCGACAAAUAAUAAUACAACGUGACGUCAUUUACGACGUCACGUCAUUAAGUUGGUUUCCAGUACUGUGAACACUUGUAUUUCACUGAAAACAACGUAACGGGCUUAAAUAUUCAAAACAGUGAAAUUAUCAAAUUGAUAAUUUCACUGUUUAAAACAGUGACAUUACCAGUUUUUAUUUCACUGAUAUAUUUCUAUAAACCAUCGAAAAGCAUGUAAUAGAUAAAUAAAAAUAAUAAUAUCUACAAAUAUGACCAUCCCGCAAUUAAGACCUCUUUGGUCCAGUUUCGUUAUCAGAAGGUUUUGACUGUAUUUGCAAAAGUAAUAUGAUUAUACUAAAUACAAUAUACAUUGAAACGAAUGCGGAUGCCAAUUUUAUUUAGUUCUAUAAAAUUGGAACCGGUAUCAGAAAGGGAACCUAAAAAUGUGCAAUUGUUAAGUUCCUGGUGUCCAAAAUUUAAAUAGUUCACACACA